GGUUUGUAAAAGAUAAAAUGAUGACUAUCAGAUUCAUCAUUAUAUAUUGUUUAACCACUGACGACAAAAGUAUUAAAGUUGUUUUUUGUACGUGAAAACUAAAUCGGGGAAAAAAAUUAACCUUCCUAGGUAAAAUAAUGGACCGUUUCAUUAGAGUUUGACAGGUAUUUUCGUGGCUGUUGUUUUUUUGUAAAUUAAAAAAAAAACACUAUGGGCUUUGCCAGCUGUUGGUCAAUUUUUGGAUUUUUAACUGGUCUGGUAGGAAGUCUCCUUAUAAUAUUGGCGUUUGCCACCCCAUAUUGGAUUGAACCAGACCAAGGACAUGUUCAAACUACAGGCUUGGAAAGAUUGGGGUUGUGGGAGAUAUGUUUUUCCAGCUAUUCAGAUUACAGAGAUGGGCUUGGACGUGUUUACAAUGGAUGCUGGUGGAUCUUUGCACGGGAAUAUGAUGCCAUCAGGCAGUACAUCAUUACAAGUUGGUUUGCGGCCAGCCAGGCGUUGAUGACAAUCAGCGUGAUUCUGACCAUGCUCAACAACUUGGUUGGUCUCCUCGUUCUCAUCAAGUGUAUGCCCUCCACCCAGCAGAAAUAUGCAGCUCUUUACCUCCUGUCUUCCAAUCUUAUUAUAGGUGUGCUGAUCGCUGUAAGCAGUAUAUAUUUCGGCUCACACGCUGGCACGGACAGGUCUUGGCUGAAGCAGCCCCGAUUUCGACAUCUCUCAUGGUCGUUCUAUCUGGCUGUGAUGGGUGGCAUCGCUGCUUUAUUCUCUUGCAUGUGUUACUGUGUGUACUACAUUAUGAUACGUAAAGGGGGAUCCACAUCAACUGCAUACAGGGCCCAUGAGAUGAGAAGUUAUAGACAUCAUGAAAGUGCCAAUAGAUACUAUCGGUGAGGGACUAUCAGUGUUUUUUGUGACCAUGCAAUUUUGGGCAGAUAUUCCGCCCCGAUUCCAAUAUCAAACAUACCUGUUUAUGUUAUAGAAAAAAUGGACCACAAAUUGCUUUUGUGUGGAAGUGUUAGAGUAUUCUUUAAGAAACAUACUCAAUUACAUUCUUUUUAUCUUUACAGUCUAUAUUUUUAAACAAUUGUGUUUAUUCUAUAUGUAAAAUUGUACUUCUCAAAUUGAGUCAGAAUGACGCCUUUUUUUCCAAUUAGAAAGACCCCGGCCCUGUUCCUGAAAUGCAGGGGGAGGGGGGCAAAAGCACCGACUACUUUUGACAAAUUAGGAAAUCUGAAUAUUUAAAAUAAAUAGUUACAACUAUGCUCAGAAAAAUAUUUUAAUAUGAAUAUCAUUGGUAGAAAAGCAGAUUUUCAAGCUGUAUACAAUAACAAACCAAUCAACUUGUAACAGAUAUAACAGAACAAUGACCCGACGAUCAACUCCCAUGUAGCCAAAUCUCAUACAUAUGAUUUCCUUCUAAUCCAAAUCCAUGUACAUAUGUUUGUCCAAGGUUUGUACAUAUUUUUCAUUGGUUAAAAAUGGGUUAAGUGAAUAUCAAAUCAAGGCUAGGUGGUUAGAUUUCAAAUCGCAGGGGCUGAUCCAGAAAUUGUUAGAGUUUAUGGAAAAGUAAAAAACAUGCUCAAAUGUACCAUUUCGGAUUUGCAUUGUUUAAAUCUUCUUGGGCAUGUCAAAAUUUUGGGCCCCUAAGUUAUGGCACACUACUUAUAGGGCGCAAACUUUUGACAUGCGCCCCUUUCAUCUGAAACCUAAUUGAUAUGGUUUAAAAUGUAUGCAUGGGGGUUGGGGUGCAAACUUUUGACAUGCCCAAGAAGAUUUUAACAAUUCAAGUCAGAAUUUUUAUCAUUUGUUUUUCUCCAAUAAUUGACAUAAAAAGUGAACUUGAAUGAUUUUUUGGGGGGUGGAGCCCCCAUACUAAAACCAUUAGUAUCUAGAUUAGCUAUGAUGAUGAAGCCCUAUUUGACCAUUAUAUUUUUUUUCAUAUUUAAUAGAUGUGCAUAAUUCUAUGUCUAUAUUUGGAGAAAAAGGUUACAGCCUUGUUAAUGGAACAAUAUUAAGUCUUUUUAAAAAAAUGCUUAUUUCUAAAUCCAUUUUUAUGAGCCACAUUGACCGCCUACACUGGGCCCAUAAGAUGAGAAAUCAUAGACAAAGCAAUCCCACAUUGGGUGCCAAAUGCAGUACAAACUGCACAAAUUCCGAGGGAUCCAACCCAUGACCACUUGCUAAGUAGCUCCGCAGGCGGACAUUUUAAACCGCAUUGUUAUAAAAACUAGCUCUAUAGGGAGACAGUACAAGAGCCGCUAUAUAUAUAUAUAUAUAUAUAUAUAUAUAUAUAUAUAUAUAUAUAUCAAAUGCCUGUUUACACUUAUGAAAUUUCUGUUAUGAUUUAUUUUACUGAUUUUAAAUCACUGGGAACCCAAUUUGACAAUUAUAGUUUUUUUUUAUAUUUCAUAGCUGUGCAUUCAAUUUGUCCACUCUUUAUAAAUGCCUUCACCCAAUUUUCUCUGGUGGAGAUCAUACAAAAGAUUUUUUUAAACUGCUUGAUCAUAAUGAUUUCAUGAAUAUAUUGUACGUUAUUUUUUUUUUGAUGUAGAGCAUCUGUUGUUUAAUUGUUGUUAAGGCUUUUUGCAUACAUAUCUUGUGUUUUUUUAUUAUUUGGCAUAUUGGAGUAGAAUUAUAAUGACAUAUAAUGUUUCUGUGUGUUUUAGCAGAGAUUGCAUCUUAUAAUCAAUCUUGCAUAUAUUUAGGCAUAUGUAAUACGGCACCCACAACCCAAGUUAUUGAGAUUAUAAAAGAGUUCUUCAGCGAGGGUGUAUUAUUUCAAUCAAGAAUGUUUCGGGUGAUGUUACUGUUUGGUACCAAUUUUUUUCAAGGACAACGCUGAAGUAAACAACAUGCAGUAUAAGUAAAUAGUUUGAAAUUUAUGGCGUUACGCCCAUUCUAUGUGUUACCAUUCCAAUAUUGGAGUUUCAAAAAAAAUAAAAAUAGUUUAUAAAAAAAAAUGUCUCCAUCAUGGUACAAAUAAAGUUUCAUGCUCAUUAAAGAUUUUACCAGUUCAUUUCCUUAUUUUAAGAGCUUUAUGUUUUGUUUUUAAUAUUGUUGUAAAUUUAUGUAUAUCAAUCCAAUUACUGCUUAAACUUAAAUGUCUGAAUGGCCUUUGUUAUUGUUUCUUCAUAUAUAUAUAUAUUACAUUUUACAGGGCAUAAAUAGAUUUAGCAUAUAAUGCACCGCCAUCAGUUAUUUUGUAUAUUAAGAUAUAAGGCCAUGCUUAAUUGGUUCAAUGUUUACAAAUUAUCCAAAAGCUUACCAAACUCUUAAAAAAAGAAAUAUGAUUGGCUUCAGCUUCAUAAUUCAAAUUACAAUGAUUUGAGUCAAGGCAUUUAUCACAAACAAUAAUUUCCUAAAAGUAUUUACCUGCAAUUACACAAUUGUAUAAAAAUAGAUUUAUAUAAGUUAUCCAUAGGUUAUUUUUCGGCUAGUUUGCCCAUUUAAGCAAUUUGAUUGGUCAUCAGUAUGUAUUAGAUAAAUAUUGACCAAUCAUUAAAGGUUUUGGCUUACUUUAACCAAACCAAAGAAAAUUUAUGCAAUUGGCUUUAGGUGCUUUCUUAUGAUUUUCAUUGGUGAACAUUGCUAUCAAGGCUAUUCUGUUGAGAAGAGAGUAUUAGAUUUGUUCUUGGCACUAAAUUGUGAGUUUUUUUCCUGCCAGAUAGGUAGGUUUUGAAAUGGAAACCUGGAAGUGAUACAAAGAAUCAAUUUGGUAUGGCCUUAUCUUUGUAUAAUUCUAUUCAUCACUUAUCUAUGACUUACAUAGUCGCAGUGACUUGAAUGUUAAUGUCAUGUGUUGUUUUGGCUAACUUGUAUACUAUGAUGUUAUUUCCUGUUUAAAGUCAUUCUAUAUAUAAAUAGUACAUUUGUCAUGCUAGGUCUGUAAUGUUACCAGAAUUUAUGUGUUGAUAUUUUGAAAAUGGCCAUUAGGCUGAAACAUCAAUGAAGAGUAAACUCAAGGAGUCAUACAAUUUUUUAUAGAUUACCUGAGGAACAAUUUUCAUGUAAUAAAAAUGUUAAUGGUUGAUGCCAUGGAAACUACACUAAUUAUUGGUAUUCAUUUGAACGUUUUUUCUGGAUGUUGCUGAUUAAUAUUAUACAUAUAUUAUAAGUAAAUGAAAUGGCCAAAUUUCAUUAAAGCCUUAGUCGAGUUUUCCAUAUUGCUGAUGUAUACUUUUCUGUAGUAUGAACAUAAAACUUGGAAAUGCAAAUAUGCCAUUUUUUAAAAACCAAAUAAUCCUAGCCUUAUCAUAAAUUGGCCUUAUAUAUUUUUUUUUAAUAACAACAUUCAACCCUCCUAUCAUCAAUCACGUAGCGUUUGAUUUUUCGAACUUGUAUUACUUAUUUCAAAACAUUUUUUUUGCUGGUCACAUAAGACACAGCUAGUUUGAAUGUGAAAAUAACGCUUUCAGUUCAGUAAGUAAUCUUGAUACAAUCAUUUACUGAAAUUCUCAAUCGUAUGAUCCUGUACGCAGUGAUAAGUCCGGUGAUGAGGUGGCCUGUUCUUUCUCUUCACAUGAAAAUAGUUCUUCAAAUAAUACCAAUUUAUAUUUGUCACUUAGAAUCUUUAAGAGUGUUGACCUUAGAGUAUGUGAAACUGAUGUCAUCUAUUGGUUAUUUUCUUAUGAAACCUGUACAGAACAAUGUUUGUAGCAUUUUGAAAAUUGUUUAAUUUGGUACAUGUUAAAAACCUUUUUGAAAACAAAUGUCACUGUAACAAAAAAUAAGGCAUAGCUGCUAUAUAAAUUCUUAAGUCAAUGGUAUUUUAAGGUCGUCUUUAUUUUUCAUAGAAAAAAGGAAGAGUAUAAUUGUCCAAGCCCUGGGGUCAUUUACACAGUAGUGCAAACACAUGGACCUGGGCUAAAACUUAAAAAGUUGAAAGAUAUUCUCACUAGACUUAGUACAAAUGUUACAAGUAGGAGUAUGUACAUGAGUAGUAAGGCCCACAACUGUGGCUUAGACUUUGUCAAAUUAUGCCCCUUUUUCGACUGAAGAGAAACAGAAGAGUGUGGUCAUUUGCUUCACUGCACUCUUGCUUAGAUUUUCAUUUAAAGUAUGUUUUAAUGUUUACAUUUUAGGUAAUUAUACUUGUAAUAAACUAAUUACAAAACAAUUGGUACCCUCAAUUCACACCUAGCUUCAAUUUAUAUUCUUUGUAUUACGCAAUUAUGGUCUUUUGAGUGUUGUAGCAUUAUGUGUAUGUGUAUAACCAAAUAAAAAUGGUUACAUAUUGUAUAUGUAAAUUAAAAACGUUUAUUAUUUCCUUGAAUAAAUAUUUAGAUAGAAGUUAAUAGAUAUAGUUAAAAAACGGCACCUGUAAUAAAAGUGAUAAUGGGAUAAAAAUAAUCAUGGUUUCAAGGUAACACUGUUUAGCAGUUUGUGGUGCAUUUUCAUUGUGAAUUAAAGUGUGUAAUUAUAUAAAUGUUCAUAUACUUAUACAUAGUUUCUAAAUAUUUUAUUGUUCAAAAUUUUUUUUAUCACAUAAAGCAUGUACAAGUUAUGAAAAGAACAUGUGUUUUUGUAAUGCUAUUAUUAAUUAACAUUUAUAAUAAAACUGGUUUUUUGUAAA